UUUUUUUAGUAACUGAUAAUUAUUCCAGUGGUAUAGGUGUUGCUGUAAACGACACAACUGGAUUAAUUGGUAGAGGGUGGUGUGUGUCAUACGUCCAUAUCCGUAUCUUAUCAGCAGCUGUUCUGCUGUUUUGCUUUUAUGGCCGUCGUUUAUCGUUUCGCCCUAUCAAGUGCCUUUGUUAGCCGUCCAAUUGACCAAGUGAUCGAUUUAAAGAAAACAUUGUACCGAAAACAGAUUAGAAAUUUUGCUUUUGUUCUGCUUGCAGUUUAUGACGCCCAAAUCAGCAUAACUGCCCAGCCGCGACCAACAUCAGAAGCUCCGCGCAUUCCAUUGCCCAUUACUACGGUCGCCGGCAGUCGCACCUUUAUACCCCUGGCCGGCUACGAUUGCCUCGCGGAUUUGCCCUCUGUGCAUAUUGAGCAGACUUUCGAGCUGAAUGAUUCACUCACGGCUGUUUCCUCGGAGAAUCGUUAUGUGGUUCGCUCGCCGCUGGGUGAUGCCAUCUUUGGCGCUUCCGAGAGCUCCACAGGCAGGAACCGCAUGAUUUGGGGCGCAGCUCGGCCAUUUCAGAUGCAUCUGCUGGACAAAACGCACCAGGAAGCGUUGGUAUUCCGCAAGAAACUGGCAGUCGGUGCAAUAUGUUGCCAGCCCAAGAAUCUGGAGAUAUGGAUACCGCCCGGCAAUGUGCUGGGACGUGUCGUGCAAUCGCCAACCUUCACACAGCCGGAGUUUUACAUUGAGGACGGCAACACGCAUCAGCCGGUCUUCUGUGUCGAAGGACCCGCCAAUUCCGGCUUCUGCUGCCACUGCCUGCCCAAAGAGUGCUACUUCAAGAUUCACUCCGGCGGCGACCUACGCGCCUCCAUAGACCACAAAUGGUUGGCCAGCAAAUCGCAGUAUACGACAAACAUUUACUUCAGCGAUGCCCGGCUGACGGCCAAGGAGCGUGCCCUGAUCCUGGGCUCCGCAUUUCUGCUGGAAUAUAUGUACUUUCAGAAGCGCUUUUAGAACUGGACGUAAAAAUUAAAGAACAACUACGAAAUUCGAUUUUCACAUUGAUGUUUUUUUUUAUUUUAUUUUUUGUGUCAUUUAUU